AUGGACGAGGAUAUCAGGCCAUUCGAGACGGUCCACAUUGGUCUCACGAGCAUCGAGACAGGGGCGGAGAGGUUCAUGCGCGAUGGACUGCCGUACCGACCACCUGUCGCGUACUGGCGAAACAACUUGACGGCGUUGUCUCAACGUUUCAAUCUCUACUUUGUCGCAACGAGGGAUACCAUAGCCGUCUACAGACCUGACUUUCCCUUUCAGAAGCUUCACAGGCUGCCUGCGCUGGUCAUUGUACCUGCACUGGCAAACCCUGAUGCUGCUGGCUACAUCGAUGACCGCUCUCCCCAUGCCAUCAACCAUCUGAUCGUGGGAGACUUGGGGAAGGAGGAGAUUCUCCUCCUCGCGACCGAUUCGGGCAAUGUGUCGGCCUAUUAUACCAAGUCGAUUGAGGAAGCCAUUCGAAAGGACCCGUAUCGCUUCAGCACAGAUGCUCGGAGUGACUACGUAGGACUGUGGCCAUUCUUCGGACAAUGGGUCUAUGAGUCUGCUUGGGGCCUGGCCAUCCACACCGAUGCGCGAAUGAUUGCCGUGUCGGCCAACACGCCGCAUCACGUUUCAGACGAUGACCCGUGUGCUAAGAUAACAGUAUUCGCCUUCGCUUUGACAGACACCAGUAGUGAAGAGGGGGACGACGAAGACCGAUUGUCCGACGAUGCCCAUGAGUUUUUCGAGCAUGCUAAACAAUCAGAUUGGCAAGAAUGGCUACCGAGAGGUGUUGACGCUACGGCUCCACCACGGAAUAAAAACUACAAAAUCACGCUCGCCGGCGUGGAAGGUCAUUACCACAACAUCCCCUGCAUUUCCUUCGUGAACACAGAUGAUGACUUUGAAGGCAAUUGGCUGUUGAGUACCGAUAUUUAUGGUGACAUGAAGAUGUGGCAGAUUUGGCAAGGGAUCUGCCAGAAAUCCUGGGACUUUGCGGAAAGAAGUAUGCGAGGGGGACUCGCCGUCCGACGGCGAGAAGGCGGCUGGCUUGUCGCUGCUCUAGACUCCCGCGCCUUCCGGCCAGCUAGGACGAUGGAGCAAUUUUGCGGGUACUUCAAGGUACCUCAGUACCACGGGCAUAACAGUCUGGAAAGCUACGACUUGACCAACGUUGUCCGACUCCGCACACCUAGCAAUAGCCACAUACAUUUUCUCAUGUACGAUGGCACGGACGACGACGACGAUAAAGAAGAGGUCCGGGAGACGUUUGACUCUUGGUCUGAUAUCGACGAAGCAAGCGUUGAUGCUGAUCGAGCUGAGGCUGAGGCGAGUUUGCCUCCGGUCUAUGGCCGAGAAACUAAUGAUGGAACUUCAGAGGGAGAUAGUGGGGUUAGCGACGAGCCUGAAGGGCCCCUGGAUUCAGGCACGAGCGAGGUUGCUUCCGUUACUGGGUCUGAUAUGGGGUCUCACAGUGUUGAAGACGAAUCUGCAGCACCUCAAAGGGAUACGCUCUCAUUGGAAUAUAUGCGUUUCGACGAGGCCGACACCGAUUCCGAGGAAAGUGAGGACGACGACUUCCAAUAUCUUUCUAGCUCGGAGGAAGUAGAGGAUGCAGACCUUUCUUCCACAAGUCGUCGAAGCACCACAUCACUGUCAAGUCUUGCCCGCCGAAACAGCCAGGAGGUUGACGUGGACGUCCUGUCCACUUCUGGUGGGAAUUCCCCGUCGCGAAGACGGCAGCACAUGGAACCGAAGCGCCCCAAACCACCAGUCGAGAGCGGCGGUUCGAACGUUCCCACAGCCCGCGCGAGGGCCAAACCACCGACUAUACCUACUCUACAUUGCAGCAUGUCAAAUCUGAGACUUAUAAUGGCUCCAGAAGCCGAUUCGGCACAUGUUUUUUGUGCCAACAUCCUCAAACAGGCGCUGCCUCCCACAAUACAGACCACGCAUCACGCCAAUACAGAUCGACUCAAUAUGAUGCUGCAGAUUCCCGAGUUGGGAAUCGUCGUCAUCGCGACGCAGAUCGGCCGAUGUGCGGUGUGUUCCCUGACGAAGAAUGAGAAAACCGGAACACUGGGAUUGCGAGUGAGCUGGAUCUUACCAACCAAGAAACAAGAGGUGAAGGGAUUUCGACCGUUGGGGCCACUGCUUGGCAUAGCAGCUUCCCCAGUCCAAGGUUGCUUCAGGCGAAUUGAAUCCGAAAACCGGUCCGUGUCGACCGAGGUGACAGAAUGGGGAAAGGACGGGCUUGUGGAUGGAAUUCCUACCACAUUUGACCCGACUGUUCUUGUCGUCGAUGGGCGGGGAGGCGACGAGGACGGAUCUCAAUUCUUAAACAUGGACACGGAAUCUGGGGGGCGUGUGGACGGGCCUCGGGCGAAGAGGAAACGUCUAUCACACAAUAUUAAUCAAAGGCGACCGGGGAGGACGAGAACAGAGAUACGGGAAUGGGAAGUUCCCUCGAGUCCAGAGCCAUGGCAGGGCCUGGAAAGUAGUCGGAGGUACAGGCUCAUGCUGACCUAUGUGGAUAUGACCGUUCUUUACUACGAGCUAUCGCGUGGGGUGGAAAUGGAGGAUAUCGCAUACGAGGAGGUAUCGGCCCUCGACCUGCUUGACUGA